ACUCAGAGGUGCUGGCGACGCCAGUGAGCCAACAGGGCAGUCGGGAGCCGACAGACAAGAUGUUCAUCGACAAUGCCAACCCGCGGCACCCACGGCGCCACCACGAAUUCUUUCUGCGUAGGCGACCCUACAGGGGGGAGCUGCCGACAGUGGCAGGAUUUCUCCUCUACCCGGACACUCCUGCUAAGAUGGAGACCACGUCACGGGAGGCUUUCUGCUUCAGGCCAAUCCCACAACAAGGCAGAGGCAAAGGAGACCAGAACACCCAGCAGGAGUCCCCCUGUCCUCAUCCCACAUCCCCGAAACAAACAGGAAGAGGAAACAGCAGAAGCAGGGGCAGGGAACCGGGGGAGGACGAGCAAGAGGGCAACCAUGAUCAGACGCAGUCCACAGCGGUGAAAAAUGAACAAGGUACCACAGAGAUGCAGUCUCAGUAUCAGAAGGAUUUCCCUCCUCCGUCCUCCUGCCGCAGGAGGCGAACACCUGCCCUCCCACAGCAAGACAACAUCGGCAUCAACCCUGCAUUCAGGAUCGAGUUUAACACAGUCCAAAGAGAGACUUACCCUGGUUGGCCCAUCAUGAACCCCGCGUACGCUGGCAGGAUGAGAGCCGACAACCAAGCGUAACUUCUGAGAGAUAGUCUUUAACAUAUUUUAGAAAUCAGCUUGAAUGUGAACUUCUCAGCAAUAAGCGUUUGACAAGAAAGUUGCUCAGAUUCUCUUGAUAUGUCUCAUUUGACCGUUCUCAGUUUGCUGUUAUGCUAGAAUUCCAUAAUAUUGCCAAAAAUCCCACUUUGUCCCUGUGAUGAUCAUACAAUGCA